CGCUCAAUCAGUCGACGAGCGAGCUGGGGAGCGGAGCCGAGAGCGGUCCGACUAGCGACGUGGUGAAGUUUCAUUAUAUUUUUGGCCAAAAACAAAGGGCGACUGUGCCAACCAACGACUUUAUCCAGAAUGCCGAGCCAACAGAUUUGCUGGUGAGACAAAACGACAUGGCCCAGCUGAAAAAUGUGGGCCAAGGUAGGUGGCCGGCAAAGGGAUGCCCGCCUUUUACUUUAUACCAUCCCCUCGUUCCCUGCAGGUCAACAGGCCGUUGUGGUCGGCCCACUGCUCGCCUCGGCCAUGUUGCUCAUGGGACUGAUAUUCGCCCUGCUGGGAAUCAAGUUCUUUGGCUUCCGGCGGCGGCUGACUUUCGAGCGAUCGCAGGUGCAGCGGCAACAGCAGAAUCAGCGGAAUCAGCAGCAGCAACCGCCGCCACGUUACGCAGCUUUCGAAUCCCAGGUAAACGGCACCGAUACCGCUGUCCAUGGAGUGUUCCGACGUCGCAAUCUCGAAGAAUUCGAAAGCCCAUGGCCAUCGGCAUCAACAACGACAGGAAACAACUUCAUCAGUGGAAGUGUUCCGAAUCUGCAAGUAUGUGGUGCCAGCCCAAGGGAGCCGAAAAGCUCGAAUGAAUCACCAGUUUCCUAUCGAGAGAGGUCGGAGGCCCUACGCCAUCAACGAAAAGAGGUGCACAGUGAGCACUAUGAGUUCUACACCGCUCCACCUACCCGCAAGCCACCUUCUCCGCCAGUACAAUCACAAGUACUAGCUGAAACUGCCGCUGUAGUUUCCCUACCUAAGAUACCAGAAUCCUUGGUUACUCCACCUCCCAGGACCACGAGAGCGGCAAUUCCUCCAGCCGCCACAUCCAACCAUUCGGGGUCAGCAGCGUCUGUGGAGGCAAUUGCCGAGCCUCCCAACGAGUUGGGAAUGCCAAAUUUCGACCACUUCGCUGAGAAGUACGAAUUGUUCAGUGUAAAACCAAUGACUGCGGUCACUAGACCAACACAGCUACGGAUCAAGCACAGUGGCCGCUAUGUGAAGUUCGAGCCAGUGGAUGAUGUACCGGAAAUUCUCACUCCAGAGGAUCCCGUUCCGGAGUUACAGACUCCAGAUGAUGGUACGGGAGGAGCUAUGUCAGUGACAGCUGUUGUCCACAGGGGAGCAAUACCCAAGGAAGAACCGGAAUCGAAGGAGGAACCGCAAGCACCAAAUGAUCCCUUCGGCGGAUCCAGCCCUACAGACUCACCAUUUGUCGUGGAAAUCAUAGCAGGAAGUCCCGCGGCGGAAGCGACUCCUAGCACACAGACCUUUCAAGAUGGCUUAUUCGAAAACCUAGAACUACCGCAAGGUGAGCAGGACAGUGAUUUCGUGCGGAUACGUUCGUCAUUCGUGAUGAAUGAAGCCGACAUCCUGGAUUUGGAUCAGCUGCGGCUGCCGGCGGCCAGUAGUCCACCAGGAUUUGGCAAGAGCAUCGACGAGGACUGGGAGAACUUUGCCAACCUAGACGCCGUGUUGGAAGUGCCAGAACCCAAUUGGUCGCUGCAUCCGCAUAGCUUAGAGCAAGUGCCCACUGUGGAGACGACGCUAAGUGAGGCUACCGUCAGACUGGACAAUGUGGAACAGGUGGAGGGUCUGUUCAAUCAACUUGAGCUUAUAGAGCAGAGAAUGGAUAUCUUUGAGCCUGAGCCGCCAGCUCCCAUUAUAGAACCACCGCCCUACGAUCCUGGUCUGCCCUACCUGCCAGACUACGAAUCCCUGAUGCGGCUGGAAAACGCAAAGAGCGGCCAGAAAUUGCCCGACUACACCGAGGUAAUGGAACAAAGGUCCAAGAAAUCCAAUUAUGUCAACAGCAUUGAGGAUCUAUAUGCGGAUCUGGACGUUAAUGAGGUGGAGAUAAACGGUUCUCCAGUUAACCAGAGCAAUGAAAUCCACAAUUUUGAGGCCUUGUGCCAAGAAAUGGCUGUGGUGGUGCCAUCAGAGCGUCAAGCUCCUCAGCCCGCGCCCAGGUCCAACAAAUCAGCCAGAUCCCUCAAUGUUCGUGGUAGUACUUCUCCCCUUGCGUGCUAUCAACCUGAAGAGCUGCCCAGCUCCAGUUCCAGUGAUACCGACGGGGAGGAAGGAGCCCGAUCAGCUCCAGUACCUGCCAAACGUGAUCCGAAAGCGCUGAAAGUCCGCUUUGAUGUGGAUAAUCUCCAGUACUACCAGUCCGCCGAGGUGGUAACGUCAGGAGAGGAGUCUCAAGAGGAUGAGCCGUUGCAUCAGCCCACUCCCAUGCAGCGUUCCAUCAUCUUUGAGCCAAGCAAUACUGGACUGCCCAUCCUAUUCGGAUCCCAGGUCUCCCAGGAAGACAGUGAUGACGAUGAUGGCUUUGGACGAGCUAUCAGCCAACAUCGCUCCAUGACUGCGACACUUAGGACAAACGCUAUUAGAAACCAUACCGACGCCUAGUCCGAAAACCGGAAACUGCCGCAAGUCUUGACUUCCUUAGUAAAUACAGUAUUCUAUGUGUUAAAUUUGGCCAAAUGGCUAUGACCUAUUUAUGUACAUAAAUUUCACUGAAAAAUUGCCAUAUCAUGUUGACUACAUAAAAUAAAGUAAUAGCAGGAAAUCCA